UGUGAAAAGAAAACUGCGUUGAUGCCAGUCAUAUAAGAAAAGUGGAAUCGUGAGUAAACAAAGAGAAGAAAGCUGAGCAAACAGUCUGCAUUGUGAACACAGCUUCCACAGGGGUUACAAUGGUGAGUGAAAGUCAUCAUGAGGCCCUGGCAGCCCCGCCAGCGACCACAGUAGCAGCAGUUCCUCCAAGCAAUGUCACCGAGCCAGCCGCUCCUGGAGGAGGGGGAGGAAAAGAAGAUGCAUUUUCUAAGUUAAAAGAGAAGUUCAUGAAUGAACUGAACAAAAUUCCAUUGCCACCUUGGGCCUUAAUAGCCAUAGCCAUAGUUGCAGUCCUAUUAAUCCUUACCUGCUGCUUUUGUCUCUGUAAGAAAUGCUUGUUCAAAAAGAAGAACAAGAAGAAGGGGAAGGAGAAGGGAGGGAAGAAUGCUAUUAACAUGAAAGAUGUUAAAGAUUUAGGGAAAACCAUGAAAGACCAGGCUCUCAAGGAUGAUGAUGCUGAGACUGGGCUGACUGACGGGGAAGAGAAAGAAGAGCCGAAAGAAGUGGAGAAACUAGGGAAAAUCCAAUAUUCUUUGGAUUAUGACUUCCAGAACAAUCAGCUUCUGGUUGGAAUUAUUCAAGCAGCUGAGCUGCCUGCAUUAGAUAUGGGUGGUACAUCUGAUCCCUAUGUGAAAGUGUUCCUGCUGCCUGAUAAGAAGAAGAAAUAUGAAACAAAAGUCCACAGGAAGACUCUUAACCCUGUUUUCAAUGAGCAAUUUACAUUCAAGGUGCCAUACUCCGAGCUGGGUGGAAAAACUUUAGUGAUGGCAGUUUAUGAUUUUGAUCGCUUCUCCAAACAUGAUAUUAUUGGGGAAUAUAAGGUUGCAAUGAACACGGUGGACUUUGGCCAUGUGACUGAGGAGUGGAGGGACUUGCAAAGCGCAGAGAAAGAGGAGCAAGAAAAGCUGGGUGAUAUCUGCUUCUCGCUCCGUUAUGUGCCUACUGCCGGAAAGCUGACUGUUGUCAUUCUGGAGGCAAAGAACCUGAAGAAGAUGGAUGUCGGUGGUCUGUCAGAUCCCUAUGUGAAAAUCCAUCUGAUGCAAAAUGGUAAGAGGCUGAAGAAGAAAAAGACAACAAUUAAAAAGAAUACUCUGAAUCCCUACUACAAUGAGUCUUUCAGCUUUGAAGUACCAUUUGAGCAAAUUCAGAAAGUGCAAAUUGUUGUAACUGUUUUGGACUAUGACAAGAUUGGCAAGAACGAUGCCAUCGGGAAAGUCUUUGUGGGCUACAACAGCACUGGAGCAGAGCUGAGGCAUUGGUCAGACAUGUUGGCCAACCCCAGGCGGCCCAUCGCACAGUGGCACACCCUACAGCCCGAGGAGGAGGUAGAUGCCAUGCUGGCAGUCAAGAAGUAAAUUAAAUUAAAGUACGAAGAAGAAGAAGCCUUUCUGCAUUUGCCCACAUAGUGCUCUUUAGCCAGUAUCUGUAAAUACCUCAGUAAUAUGGGUCCUUUCAUUUCCAGCCAUGUGUUCCUGUCACUGAUCAGUUGUACUUUUAAAUUAAUUCCUGUUUUAAUUUGCACAACUUUAAAUGUAGAGAGCCCUCUAACGGCGCUUCAUUUCACCACUGCCCCCCAGAUCUACUCUUCUUUUAAGCAAUAUGAUGUGUAGAUAGAGCAUGACAGAAAUUAUUUAUUGUAUCACACAGUUGUAUAUAUACACCAGUAUGCUGAGAAUUUAUUUCUAGUUUGUGUAUUUGUAUGUUGUAAGCGUUUCCUAAUCUGUGUAUAUCUAGAUGUUUUUAAUAAGAUGUUCUAUUUUAAAUUAUGUAAAUUGACUGAGAUAUAGGAGAGCUGAUAAUAUAUUAUAGGGUAACUAUUGUAUCGUCUGCAUUCCAGAAAAAAAUUCCAACUUGUAAGGCACUAGUAGUGUUACACUGACAUCUUAAAGGACAACUUAAAUCUGAGCUUUCAACUGGACCAUCCUAAUAACAAGCUACGCAUACACAGUGAAUCUUGGAGGGGCACAUCCAAUUUGGUAGACUUCUUUGACAGGCAACUUAGCAUGAUCUGAGCAGCUCCAUGGCUGACCUCAAGGAGAUGUAGCCAGAAGCCAGGAGAUCAGUUUUUUGUAUAUACUCCAAAGCGCAAACAUUACAGACCGAAAAGGCUUUCGAUUGAAAGUUGAGGAAGCAGUUCCGUAGGAGGCGACAAUUUCAUCUCACGUGAAAGUAAGAACA